UCAGAAAAGAUAAUACAGUGUGUGCAACGGUUCUGUCAAUUUUGAUUGACUGGUGGUUUUAUUUUGGUUGGAAGCCACACUAACUUUGUUUUCUAGUGUUUGAACCAAGACAUAGUUGGUUAUAGUAGUUUUUUGAGAUAAUGGCUGAGGAAGAGGACGGUCAUACUAAGGACCCUGUACCAGACGUUGUGGGUGACGGAAAAAGAAGGUUUCGAGUGGAAAAAACUCGGCACUUGGGAAGUGGACACUUUGGAGAUGUUUAUGAAGGCGUUCAACUAUCGACAGGAAAACCCGUGGCAGUCAAGUUGGAGCACAGGAGUGGUUCUAUAGCACGGAAAGAGUGGGAAGUUAUGAGAGCGCUCUCUGGAGAAGGGGCUCCUAACGUCUAUUAUACUGGUGUUGCUGGAAGAUACUAUGUUAUGGUUAUGGACCUUUUGGGUCCAACUCUUCAGAAAAUUUUGGAAACUCGGCCUUCAAGGCGUCUUCCUUGGGAUGUGGUUUCCAAGAUUGGUCAGCUUUGUGUGCAUCUUUUACGAACUGUGCAUUCCAAGGGUUAUGUCCACGGCGAUGUGAAGCCUGAGAACUUUCUUUGUGUUUAUGAAGAAGGUGUUGCCCCUUUUCAAGCAGAUCCUUCCAAAGGUUUGUACAUGAUCGACUUGGGUUUGGCUAGUAAAUAUCGUGAUAAUACAAGACCCAAUGGUCAUAUUGCUUAUGGUCAAAGGAUUGACCACUUUUCGGGGACAGUUCGCUAUGCUUCGUUGAAUGCACAUCUUGGAAGAUGGCUAUCUAGACGUGACGAUAUAGAAUCUCUUUGUUAUAUGCUUUUGUAUUUGCACAAUGGCUCCCUUCCUUGGCAAGGGUUUUGUGGAGAUGAUAAGAACAUGUUGGUUUGUGAGCACAAAGGAAAGCUUCCUCCAGAUGAAAUAUGUAAAGGAGCUCCUGAAUGCAUGCAAUAUUUCCUUGCAUAUGUUCGUUCUAUGAAAUUUGAAGAGGAGCCUGAUUAUGAAUAUUUAUUAAUGCUUCUGGACCCUACUAAAGGUUUAGUGGAAAUCCAUCGUUUGCUUGCUGAAGAUCGUGCUAUUGGUGAUGUUAGUAGUGCCAAUGGAGCUCUUGAGACUGAAGAUGAUGUGAACAACAGUGUCUAUGACUUGGCAGCAGGUGGGAAACGUAAACGAACUGAUCUUGAUAAUGGUUCACAGUUUGCACCUAAUGCCAAAAAGCAUCGAAUAGUUAUUCCCAAACGUUAUAAGACCCAUCAAUGGAUGAUUGUUUCUACUUCUGCUAAAACUGGCAAUGCAUCUCCUGCUACACAAUGCUACACUUCACACACUUCUUAUCAAAAUCUCGUAAAGGAGGUCGAGAAAAAAUGGAGCACCGGUAUGCGUAUUGUAUUGUUGAGUUUUACUGCUGGUAUGUGGACAGCAGUAUUGAAUCAGAAAAGUACUGGUUAUCAAGAACAAGCGCUACACUAUUGUCCAGGUGCUGACUUUCCACGAGACUGGGUUCGACAAAAAUGGGACGAAGGCUUUUUUAUUACUGCUUUAGCAGGUAAUGCCACUUCAUGGGGCGUUGUAUGUUCAACGAUGACACGUAAUAAGCGAUACAAGCAGCAAAGUUAUAUUGUUUCUCCAACAUUUCCUUCCAAAUGGGUUGCGGAUAAAUGGGCAAGUGGUUAUUAUAUUACAUCAGUUGCUACUCAAGGAAAUGCUCCUCAUCAGCAAUGGGCAGUUGUUGUUAGUCGUGGUGCACCUUAUACGGAUCAAGUUGUAGAACUGGACUUUGUUUAUCCUAGUGACGUGAUUCAUACUAGAUGGGAUGACAAUUAUAUGGUAACUGCUAUAGCAUCUACUUCAGAAAUGAAUGCCUUUGUGAUGAGUCGUGGUUUAACUUUUGGAGAAGAACAGAGAUGUACACGUACCAGUCAUGGCCCUUUACAUAAAGUAAGAGAAGAUUGGAAUGACAAUUUAUACGUCACUGCUCUUGCUUGGGGUCGAGUUGCUUGAAGUGUAUAUUACAUUCGUGCAUAUACUGACAUGUAUUCUAUCGCACAAUAUUUUAUCAUCAAUAACCUUGUUGCUUUUUCCAUUCUCGACUUGAUAAUAAAUGGAAACUAGUUUUAAGAGGAAUAGAGUAUAUUUUGG